AUGGCGCGUCCACUCAAUCCCAACCUUCCGGCAUUCAAUCUUGCCAUAUCCACGUUAUUCCGCAACCCAUCCCUCUUCGUUCCAAACCUCACAAUCCCCACCUUCCUCCAACUCCCAGAGGAAAACCUGGGCGCUCACCUUGCUCCCUCCUCAUACUUCUCCACCCCUACAAACGAUGCGAAUCGGCAUGAUUCCCCACCUAAAAUCCACGCGCUCGUUAUCGACAAAGACAACACGCUCACGCCUCCAGAGUCUCUCAUAAUUCCACCCACCUACUUGGAAAAGCUCAAGAAGCUCCGCACCAACCCUUCCUCUCCCUUCAACAUGGACAGGAACCCUUAUGGCAUUCUAAUUGUCUCCAACACGGCGGGCAGCAAUCCAAGCAACUCCCUUUAUGAAGAGGAAGCAAGGCAUUUGGAAUCAAUUUUAUCCCAUCUUAGAAUUCCAGUUUUUAGAUCUGGUGUACCUGUGGGAGCAGUUCGAUCUAAUGAAAGUUCCAAGACGCCGCCAAAGUGUCACCCGCUAAAGAAGCCAUUUUCCUACCCUGCCAUACUUGCACACCUUCGUGCCCAAAACGUCGUAUCCUCUCCUGACGAGAUUGCAGUAGUUGGUGACCGUCUUGGCACUGAUGUGAUUAUGGCUGGUCUCAUGGGAUCGUGGAGCAUUUGGACGAAGAAGGGGGUGACUGUUGGUGUUGAGGGUGGGGAUGAAGGCAAGGAGGGUAUGGAUUUUAGAGGGACGUUGGCGAAACUGGAGGUGAGGUUAGAGCGGUAUCUGAGACGGAGAGGCGUUGCGCCUGCGGUGCCGAAGGGGUGGGAAGACGGAGUCUAG